AAUCACAGCGCGGCUUGUUGCGCUGUCGCCACAACAGCAAUGGUGGGCAUGAGCCUUCUCAGGUCGGCUGCUUCCUUUGCAGCAAGGUUUGGUCCUCUGAAAGCUGGGAACAAUGCGGCGAAUUUACUCACUCGUUCCAUCCCGCGGAGUGAUAAAGUGGCGAUCCGUUGGGGUCAUGGAAAGAAAAUGUUUGUGGUCAAACCAUCUGACUAUUAUGACAGAAGAUUCCUGCGCUUAUUGCAAUAUUAUAUCCUGCUGACUGGUAUUCCAGUGGCUGUAUUUGUAACAGCGGUAAAUGUCUUUAUUGGUGAGGCAGAGCUUGCUGAAAUUCCUGAAGGCUAUGAACCUGAGUAUUGGGAGUACUACAAGCACCCCAUCACCAGAUGGAUUGUUCGGAACAUGUAUGAUUCCCCAGUGAAAGACUAUGAAAAGGUGAUGGCUGCUAUCCAAAUGGAAAAGGAAAAAGCAGACAUGAGACUGACACAGCUGGAGGUGCGUCGGCAGAUGAGACAGACCGGAGAUGGCCCCUGGUUCCAGGUGCCAACUCUGGACAAGGAGCUAAUUGACAACAGCCCCAAAUCAUCACCUGACAAUUAAGAAGGGUGUUAAAGCUGCAUCAUGGGCAUCAGUCCAACUGUUUGUAAAUUGUUCCCUUGUUGCUUUAAUAAAGUAUCUUUAUGUGGUCUGAUA